AUGGGCUCACUUGGUAUCUUCGGGCUCAGUCGGGACCUUCAAGAAUACAAGUACUACGACUUGAGGACUACGUCUGUCACGGCCUCCACCAUCGCAGACGAUCUAGAUGCCUUUCCCAAAGCUCAGCUUAUCCUCCUUCUGUCUGGGAAGGACUUACAGACAGGAAAGAAAACCCUAUUUGGCUACUAUGUGCCUCUUCUUGAAAUUAGGCACGCACCGUUCCUAUUCCAGCUUAGCGAUACUUCGGACAGUUUCCGUGGAAAUGGUCCCCGACCAGGCCAUGAGUUGGAUGGAGGCGAGCUUAUCAUCGGACAACGAGGAAACGGUGCUGCACUGAUGUUGCGACAAGACGCGAAGAGGGCGAUUGUAUCCCACAAUGUAUCUGAUCAAUUCGAACCAAUAGGAAUGAUGGCGGCGGACUAUGAAGAGGAGACGACGACUUGCUCCCAACAGAACGUUACUUGUAUUCGAUCAUUCAAUUUUCUAGUGCCAUUCCUUGUAUAUUACUAUUGGAUACCGACUGACUGUUAUAUAUAA